CUAUUCCCACAUAACCCAAUCUGCCUCGACUGCUCACUGUUCUCAAGUUUUACCUUCUCUGACGCAAUCAUGAGGCAGCUUCUGUUGUUGCUUGUAGGCGUCGCUUUUGUGCAUGCCGCUGUUGUCCCUUCACAGGAAAGGUACUUUGCGGCAGGGCGCGAGUACGUGUACCAUUAUGAAGGACAGGUGGUCAGCGGGAUCCCGGGGGUCAGUAAAGAAGUGGCAGGCAUCAAGAUCAUCACGGAUGUACACAUCCACAUGAUGGCUGACAACAAAUGCCUGCUGAGGUUUGAACAAGUUCAAUUGGCCAAGAUUCAGACAGAGACUGAGGACCCAGCUAAGCAGCUGACUGUGGACAAACUGCAGCGUCUGCCGCAGGAGAUUGAAACGCCUCUCCUGGAGCAGCUGGUCAAACCGAUUGAAUUUAGAUACUUGAAUGGAAAGGUUUUCCACAUCGUGAUCUCUCAGAAUGAGCCUGUCUGGGCCUCCAAUAUCAAGAAGGGGGUGUUGGAACUGAUGCUUGUCAACAUCCAGGGCACAGAUGACUUGAACGAGCCUGAAACACAGCGCACACAGCCUAGUAACAUUCUUCACCAGAAAAAACACUACCGUGUGAUGGAGAGGGGCAUCGCUGGCUACUGUGAGUCAGUGUAUAAAGUCAAGAUCUCGGAUUCCAGGCCUCACAUCAUUAACAAAGAAGUCCAGCCCCAACGCUUUGUCCUGAACAUCACCAAGACUCGGGACCUCCUGGAAUGCCAGCAGCGCACCCAGCGCAGCAAACUGUCCUUGCUCUCCAGUAGGAAGUGUGAGAAAUGUAAGGGCUGGGAGACUAGCCCUGCCACAGAGCCCUUCAGCGAGUUCCGAAAACCCAAUGAGAAGAAGGAGGAGCUCUUGAAGUGCCUCAGCCAGGUCCGUUACAGCAUCAGCCUCAAGGACCACAGCAAGUUUGUCAUUGACGCCGUUGUGGCUGAAGGCAAGCACAUCUUCCAGCCAUUUGGACAGAAGGGUGGGAAGGCUGUCGCAUUCGUCAAUCAAACUUUCGUCCUGAAGAGCACCAGAGAGAUACCCCAGGAUGAGUUCAUUCCGGACGUCGAGAACCCCAAGGACCAGGCAGAGGACCUGACGUUUGUCUUUGAGGCAUGGAAGAAGCACGAGCAUGACUCGGAAGAAGACCAUGAGCGGACUGAAGAAGAUGGACCCCACAUGAGUCAGAUCCGUACCAAGGUGAAGACCUACCUCCAGAAAAUCCAAGACAACAUCAAGAAGGAUGGGAUCACUGAAGAAGCUCCCAAGAACUUCAUCCUCCUGGUCAAGAAGCUGAAAAAGUUUGGCCCCCUGGAGCUCCAGAACAUCUUUGACAGGCUCGGCAAGAAGUUUGUCAGUGACUCUAAGGAGAUGAAAGAAAGGAAGCAAAUUCUCCUGGAUGCCCUCGUUCAGGUGGAGAACGACAAGUCCGUGGAGAUUUUGACAAGUGAGAUCGGCAAGAGGACCUACGAGUGUGAGGAGGCCUGUCAGAUCCUGAGCACCAUCGCCCUGAUCAAUGAACCGACAGAGGAGAUCCUGGAUCAUGUCCUGGGUCUGUGCCGGGGCCCUGUGGUCAACGGACCCAACGCUGACCAGCAAGUGAGGAAGACAUGCUGGCUGAGCUUUGGCUCUUUGGUCCACAAGGCUUGCAAGGUCAACCAGAUCUGCUCCGAGGACAAGAAACAAGAAUAUUCAAUGAACCUUCUCGCCGGCAUUGACCCCUCACGGCCCGAAGAGGACAAGCGUAUGUGCCUCAAGGCCAUCGGCAACACUGGCCUGGUCAUGAAGAAGACCACUGAUGCCGAGACGGACUCCAUCGAUCACAUUAGAGAGAUCAUCAAUUCGAACGUGGAAGAUGUGGACCUGCGCGUGCAGGCCAUCUACUCCCUGCGUCGCCUGGCUAAGGUUGUGCCAGAGAGAAUUGUGCCUCUUCUGAUGCCCUUGAUCGAGAACAUGGAUGAAGACCACCAGGUCCGCAUCGCUGCCUACGUCAUCGUCAUGGACACUGAGCCUGAGACAGAUAUCGUCUUCUCUAUCAUCAGCGACCUGAAGAAUGACAAGUCCAAGCAGGUGGCUAGUUUUGUCUACACUCACCUGGAGAGUCUGGCCUCCAACUACCAGAAGUGCAAGAAGAACUUAUUCAAAGUGGCCCGGAAGGCCCUGCUGACUCUGAAGCCAUUCGUCCAUGGAGCACAGUACUCCAAGAGGUUUAUGUGGGCACCAAACUUCUGGGAGCAGAAGGUGAGUCUCAACACUGAGGCUUCCGUCAUCGGCACGCCCGCCUCGCCGUUCCCCGUCAGCGGCUCGCUUCCAACAACGAUAAUCGACCCCUACUCCAACCAAGUGAAGGCCUCUGGCUACUUGAAGUUCUUUGGCAACGAGCUGCGAACAUUCAGUCUGGACAAGGACACUAUCUGGUCAUACCUGGAUGGAACAUCUGAGUGGAUGAGAGAGAGAGAGGACAAGAUGCGGGCGGGCGAGAACCCCUACACCUACCGCAAGAUCUUCAGCCUGGGCGGGGGCGUGCACGAGAUCCCGACAGAGAUAGGUCUGCCCCUGCAGCUGUGGGUAGACUCGGCCGUGGCUAUGGCACUAGACGCCCAAGGCAAGGCAGUGCUGACCCCCCGCUUGACCGACAUCCUACAGAACCCGGCCAGCAAGCUGGAGAGGGUGGAUGUGGAAGGGAGCCUUACACCUAGGGCCGCCGUCUCUGUCAUGGGCAAGAUGAAAGUUAGCCUGGACGACAGCCUCAUGUCCGGUCUGUACAUCAGCGGUUCCCUGAACACCUCCGCUGUCCUGAACGGCACGGUCAAUGUGAAUGUGCCCAAGCAGCUGUACGAGACACGCUUCAAUACUCCGUCCAGCGAGCAUCAGGCUUUCUCACUGCGCAGCCGACCGUACACCUUCACCUACAUCCCUGAGCCAGAAAGGACUCAGACUCCUGAGGUUGCCCGUGAUUCCCAGGAGAGCUACCAGUUUACAAAGAAACUGAUCAAGGGCAAGCUGAUGAGCCCAAGGCCUGUCCAGAGCGCUUUCAGGUUUGGAAGGGAAUCACUUGGGGUGGAGAUGGAGCUGAAGACCCGUCGUGUGCCACGAUCCUGCAGUUACACCUACGGCCCCACUCACUUGGUGUUCAAUGGCCCCAUUGAUGUCAACGUCACCCUCAGGCCCGGGGAGAACACCCCUGAGAAUGUGGUCGCUCACAUGAAGGUGGUGGAUGAGUUCAAGACACAGGAGGAGUACAAUGCGUUCAAGGAGAAGUUCUUAGCCAAGCAGCACUUUGAGGUUGACUCAAUGUGGAGGGAGUCUGAGGAGCAUGACCAUGAACCCGAACCCGUGCCCCAGGAGCACCUCAAAUCGUUCCGCACCAUGGGCAUGGACUUCCUCAAGCGCUUUGAGGAUUGGAAGUACGACAGCGCCCGCUGGCCGUUCACCGGGGAACAUGUGGAGGACAGGUCACAUGACUCGACUGAGGAGGUCAUCCCUGAUCCCACCAGAACCGUUGAGCUGUACCACAUCUAUUUCAACAUCAGCACCAAUGGCAGCCAGCCAAUCCGUGAGCUGAUCAGCCGCAUCAGUCUGGACCAGCAGGAUGAAUUCUACAAGGCGGUGCGCUUUGAUGUCAUGACUGCUGAGAAGACCUUCCGUCCUGACCCUAUCCACGUGGACCAGAUCAAGGAGUGGACAGAGGAAAUCCAGACACUCUGCAUGCAAGGGGAGCUUGAGCACCCAGCCUAUGGUGCGACCCUCCCUGAAUCUGAGAAACUGGAACCCAUCCCGGGACUGCCAGACGUCGCUCAGGAUCCUAGAGUGCUCUUUAAGUUCAGCACUCAGUGGGGCAAGAGCUGCUUGGAGGACCAGAAGAUGCAGAUCAAGGCCCGUCUCCAGAGAUCCAAGAAGCAGCAGGAGGAGCUGAGUGAGGAGACGCCUGACAAGAUCGAGUGCCUGAAGAACAUCCAGGAGACCAAUAACAGGUACACCCAGGCCUGCAAGUCGCUGCGUCGGGAGCGAGAGGAGCUGCGGGCAGUCCACGCCGAGCUGACGCACAAUGAGCAUGUCAAGAAGACUUACAAGACCUUCUUCUACCAAGGCCUUGAGUGGAUCAAGAAGUUCAUCUGGGGAAUUGUCAAGACGGAACAGGCUGAGGUCCACAACCCUGACAAGACGGUCCUGGUCACCGGUGAGCUGGAGAAGACCCUGGACAAGCUGAACGUCUCCAUCAAGCACGUGCACGGCAACGUCAGAUUUGACCGUCUCUACAUCCCCCAGUUCCUCCAGGACCUGAAGGUUCUGCAGCCAUACAAGCUCCAGCAGCACAUGGUGAUGAGCUACAGAGACGACCUGCUCAACGGACGCAACAUCAACAAGUGCAAGUCUCUGAGGAACAACUCCAUCAUCACCUUUGACAAGAGGAUGUACAACUACGAGCAGAGCAAGUGUGAUCACAUCCUGGCAAAGGAUUGCUCCAGUAAGGAACGCUUUGUCGUCUUGUCCAGGAAGCUGGCCCAGACCAGCACCAAGAAGAUUGUCACUGUCUACAUCGACAACACCAAGAUCCAGUUUGUACCCAACUUGAUGGACGAGGACGUGGCCACCCUGAUCAACGAAACCAACGUGAACCUGGAGGUACUGAAGAAGCUCAUCAUCCAGGAUGGUGUGAUCAAGAAGGUUCCCUUCGGCUCCCAUACCGUCCACAUCAUGGAUGCAGAGAAGGAAGAAGAGCCGCUGCUGAAUCGGAAGCAGUCCUGUCAUAUGCCAGAAAAUGUCCGCUCGCAGGAGGUCGAGAUGGGAAGUGAGGAACUGAGGCACUGGGAGGAAUGUAAGGAACACAUCAAGGCCUACCUCGCCAUGGCCCCUCAGGAACUGCCCCCUAAGCCCAAGACGCUGGCUAAGAUCAUCCGCACCAAGCUGGGUGACUCCAUCAUGCUCUUUGCCCGCGAGCAAGAGCUGAAGGUCUUCUUUGACGGUCACAACGUCAAGGUGGAGCUGCCCCAGAAGUACAAGGGCCUGCACUGCGGUCUGUGCGGCGAUUUCAACGGUGAGGUCUCUGAUGAGUUUGUGGGUCCAAACAGGGAGAUUUAUGACAACUGUCAUCGCUUCGGAUACAGCUAUCAGCACUCCACAAAUGAAUGCGCCAAAGAAAACCAGUGUGCACCAGUGAUGGAGUUUGCCUAUGCCACUGAAAUUAUUCUGCCGGGCAACAAAAAUCAGUUUGCCUGCAUCUCCAAGAGACCAUUGCCCACAUGCCUGCCAACUUGCCGACCGACUGAGGAGGAGACCAUUGACGUGGAGUUUGUCUGCAUGGAACACGAAGGCGACUAUAACCCCUUCCCAACGACGAGCACCCGCGAUGUCAUCAUCAAAAAGUACGGCAACAAGAUGGCUGACUAUAAGAUCAAGAUGCCGAUGGUUACCAAGUGCGGCCACCCGAAUUAGACCCAUUCAGCAAGAAGGAGUUUCAAAGGACAGUUUUCUGAUGCCGGACCGAAGUUUCGCAGAUAAUUCACCCAAUAGCUUUUUACACUUACCCACAAAUAUCCUUGCUACAAUUCCAUCAUAGGUUCACGAUUUCUUAAAACUUUGCGAAGCAUUUUUUAAAUUUUGCCUUUUUCUGUGUGAAAUGUCUUGUGUUUCAGAUUUGUAUAUUUGUAUUGGGAAGUUGAGGUGAGGGUUUAAAAGCCUUAUGGGGCAUAUUGAGAAAAAGAAUAAAAAAAAAAAACGAGAACGACAGUGGGUCCUCGUGAAGUUGAGUGAAAUGCACGAAAGUGGGUUUUCCCUUGCGUGUAGGCCUUAUCUCAUAUUCCUGGCAUACAUGUACAAUUUGGUGGGAGGGAUUGAAAAAUGAUUCAAAAAAGAGGCGAAAAAGUUGCUUCAUGGAACUUGAAAAUACACAACUUUUAUAUAAUCAACAGUCAGUACAACAGCAAAGGCUGAUGAGAGACACCUCAAAUGUAGUGAUAUUAAAAUGCUAAAAUUCAAACGAAGCAAAUAUAUUCAUGACAUUAGUAGGCCUAGAUACCUAAAGUUUGAUUAAAAAGUGGCUUUAAGAUCCAUAUAUCAGUGUGACAUGCAAAGAUCAGAACUUGUGCUCCAACAUUAUGGUAUUCAAAAACCUGGUGAGGAAUUUUCAAUAAACUUAACUUUAAAUUACACGUUAAUAUAACGUGUGCACGAGC